CCGGGCGGUGCCGCCAUGCCCCGCGUUGCCAUGGAGACGGCGACGCCACCGGCCCGGUCCGGCCCGCCCCGCCCCGCCCCGCACGGCGCCGCAUCGGCCCCGGGGCCGCUCAGGGCCCGCAGCGAUGGGCAGCGUUCAGCAGCGCCUGCAGCGCUUCCUCGACCGCCCCGGGCCGCUCUCCGACCUCCUGGGCCGCCUGGAGGCCCGCACCGGUGUCCGCCGGCUCUACCUGGCCACAGGCUCCCUGACCUUCCUGGGGCUGUACCUGGUGUUUGGCUACGGUGCCUCGCUGGUCUGCAACCUCAUUGGCUUCGCCUACCCUGCAUAUGUCUCGUAAGUAUCGGCUCUACAGCCCUGGAUGGCAUCAAAGCCAUCGAGAGCUCCAGCAAGGAGGACGACACCACGUGGCUCACCUACUGGGUGGUGUACGGCGUCUUCAGUAUAGCCGAGUUCUUCUCUGACAUUUUCCUCUACUGGUUCCCCUUCUACUAUGCUGGGAAGUGCUUGUUCCUGGUGUGGUGCAUGGCCCCGGUGUCCUGGAAUGGCUCACAGGUGCUCUACCACAACGUCAUCCGGCCCUGCUUCCUCAAACACCACCGUGCUGUGGACUCAGUGUUCAGUGACCUCAGCACCAAAGCACUGGAUGCAGCCUCUGCCAUCACCAGAGAAGCCUCUGAGGCCGCCGUGAAGCUGGCACAGGAAGCGAAGAGCAAAUGAUGCACCGGGACAACGCCGGCCUGAGCCCGGCCCCCGCUCCCCUCGUCUCGGGUUCCCCCCCUCCCCCCCAAGUAAAGCGGCUCCCGAUCCA